AUGGUCUACCGUCGCCUGGGUAAGUCCGGGUUGCACGUGUCCGCCAUCGGCCUCGGCAGCUGGAUGACGUUUGGCGGCUACGCGGCCGACGAGCAGGCGUUUGCGUGCAUGAAGAAGGCGUACGACCUCGGGGUCAACUUUUUCGACACCGCCGAGAAUUAUACCGCGGGCGAGUCGGAGAUUGUGGUAGGAAAGGCCAUCAAGCACUUUGGCUGGAAGCGCAGUGAUCUCGUCAUUAGCACAAAGAUCAACUAUGGUGCUGCAAACGGCGAGAUUCUCGUCAAUAACCAUGGCCUGUCCCGGAAACACAUCAUCGAGGGCCUCGAUGCGUGUUUGGAGCGUCUCCAGCUCAAGUACGUGGACAUUGUCUACGCGCACCGUCCUGACAGGCUCACCCCGAUGGAGGAGACGGUGAGGGCUUUUAACCACGUCAUCGACCAGGGCAAGGCCUUUUACUGGGGCACUUCAGAAUGGAGUGCCGAUGAGAUUACUGAAGCAGUCGGUAUCGCCAAGGAUCUCAGGAUGAUCGGCCCCGUUGUAGAGCAGCCCUUCUACAACAUGCUCGUACGCGACCGCGUCGAGGGCCAGUUCCAGCGCCUCUACGAGCGCGUCGGGCUCGGCCUCACCACCUUUAGCCCCAUCAAGAUGGGCCUGCUCUCGGGCAAGUACAACGACGUCGUCGACGGGAACCCGCCCGCCGACUCGCGCUUCGGCGCGAGCAAGGACGGGUUCGCGGAUUUCAUGAGGGACCGCAUGGGCACGGACGACUGGAAGCAGGAGAUUGAGACGGUGCGCAACCUCAAGCCCGUGGCCGACAAGCUGGGCGUCUCGCAGAGCCAGCUCGCUAUUGCGUGGUGCCUCAAGAACCCCAACGUCAGCAGCGUGAUUACGGGCGCGAGCCGCCCCGAGCAGCUCGAGGAGACGAUUGCUUCCCUCCAGAUCCUGGACAAGCUUACCCCGGAGAUCAUGGACGAGAUUGACAGCAUCACGAAGAACAAGGUGACGCUUGAUGCCGCUAGGCAAGGGUGA